UGAGGGAAACCAGCGCCCGCCCUGUUUGAUUGGCCGAUUCUGCUUGAAUCGAGUUGGCAUGACGUCAUUUGUGAAUGUAUAGUGUGUGCGUGCUCAUACUGUAAUUCACAUCGCACUCGCGCUGACGCUCCCUCUGCUCCAUCCUCAACCACUGCAGUAAUGUCUGAGUUCACAGAGGACCAGAUCUGUGAGUUUAAGGAGGCCUUCCUCCUGUUUGACCGAACAGGUGAUGGGAAGAUCAUGUACAAUCAGUGUGGGGAUGUGAUGCGUGCUCUGGGGCAGAACCCUGUCAACGCUGAAGUCCUCAAAGUACUUGGCAACCCCAGUAAUGAUGAUAUGAACAUGAAGAUGCUGGACUUUGAGCAGUUCCUGCCCAUGCUCCAGGCCAUUGCUAAGAACAAGGAUCAGGGUUCAUUCGAGGACUUUGUUGAGGGAUUGCGGGUGUUUGACAAAGAGGGAAAUGGAACCGUGAUGGGUGCUGAACUACGGCAUGUCCUUACUACACUGGGUGAGAAGAUGACAGAGGAAGAGGUGGAGACACUUUUGGCAGGACACGAGGACGCUAAUGGCUGCAUCAAUUAUGAAGCAUUGGUGCGCCACAUUAUGGCUGGCUGAGAAGCGGAACUCGUAAGGAUGGUCAUGAGCGGUUGAAGAUUUGAAACACGUCUAUUUUAUUUUAUUUUGUCUGUCAGCCCAUCAUUUAUGUGAUUUGGCAUUUCCAUAUUUGCAUUUUUAAAUGGUUUGUCCCUUAUUUUUUUCCUUAAGUGCCUUUUAUCAUGUUUCAGGAGAAUUAUUGCUCAUUUCAUUCCAGAAACUUCCAAUGGUGUUCAUAGGUUUGCAGGAAUAACUUCCAUUUAGCCGUUACAUUCUGCCUCAUGCAUUCCUGCAGUGUUACCAUUCAAGCCUAGUCAUGUCUUAAACUGUGAGGGACAUUUUGAUUGGCUCCAAUUGUGUUUUUUUUUUUUUUUGUUAAACUCUUGUCAAAAUAGUGUGUCUGUAAUUAAUUUGACAUCUCGUUUUAUCAUCUGCUGUUCAUUAACAUAAUAAAUAUUCAGAGACUUUAGAAACAUCUUUGAUUUUGU